ACUAGAGGCCUCUAUCAUUCUCUAUGGACGAGACAGACUUUGCAGCCGUCACAUUAAUAGGGACAUAAUUACUUCCACAUAAUGUUAGAGAUCAUGUUUGAUCACAUAAUCACACUGCCUGGAUGUUUUGUGUAACGAACAAAAUCUGUCUGUAAAAGGAAAUAUUUAUGGUUUGGGAAGGGUUUACGGGAAUAGCUAGCUAGCCACCUUGCUGGCUACUUUGGAUUACAUUUGGCAAGGAUGCUACUACGGUGGAUACGGCAACAGCUGGGCUUUGACCCUCCCCAUCAAAGUGAUACCAGAACGGUUUACAUUGCAAACCGCUUCCCUCAACAUGGCCAUUAUGUCCCUCAGCGGUUUGCAGACAACAGAAUCAUAUCAUCCAAGUACACCGUUUGGAAUUUUGUUCCCAAGAAUCUGUUUGAACAGUUCAGAAGAAUAGCCAAUUUUUAUUUUCUCAUCAUAUUCCUGGUCCAGCUAAUGAUAGAUACCCCCACUUCCCCUGUCACCAGCGGACUUCCUCUGUUCUUUGUCAUCACAGUAACUGCCAUCAAACAGGGCUAUGAGGAUUGGCUGAGGCACAAGGCGGACAACGAGGUGAACGGGGCGCCUGUGUUUGUGGUUCGUAGUGGCAGCCUUGUGCAGACUCGCUCAAAAAACAUACGAGUGGGGGAUAUAGUCCGGGUGGCCAAAGAUGAGACAUUCCCAGUGGACUUGGUCCUCUUAUCAUCGGACCGAGCCGAGGGGACGUGUCACAUCACCACAACCAGCCUGGACGGAGAGACUAAUCUGAAGACUCAUUACUCUGUGCCAGAGACAUUGGUGUCUCAGUCGGUGUCCAGGCUAGAGGCCCUACAUGCUGUGGUGGAGUGUCAGCAGCCAGAUGCAGAUCUUUAUAGGUUUGUUGGGCGAAUAACAGUAACCCAACAAGAAGAAGAGAUUGUAAGACCCAUUGGACCUGAAAACCUGCUGCUUCGAGGAGCAAGAUUGAAAAAUACCAAAGAAAUUUUUGGUGUAGCAGUUUACACUGGGAUGGAGUCCAAGAUGGCCCUGAACUACAAGUGCAAAUCCCAGAAGCGCUCUGCAGUGGAGAAGUCCAUGAACACCUUUCUGCUCAUCUACCUGGGCAUCCUGCUGUUUGAGGCCAUCCUCAGCACCAUCCUGAAGUACGCCUGGCAGGCUGAGAAGAAGUGGGACGAGCCCUUCUACAACCAGAAGACAGAGCAGGAGAGGAACAGCAGCCAGAUCCUGAAGUUCAUCUCUGAUUUCCUGGCGUUUCUGGUCCUGUACAACUUUAUCAUCCCCAUCUCACUCUACGUCACUGUGGAGAUGCAGAAAUUCCUGGGCUCGUUUUUCAUUGGCUGGGACUUGGACCUCUAUCAUGAGGAGAGCGACCAGAUGGCUCAGGUCAACACGUCUGACCUCAACGAGGAGCUGGGACAGGUGGAAUACGUGUUUACGGAUAAAACCGGCACCCUGACGGAGAAUGAGAUGCUGUUCCGUGAAUGUUCAAUCAAUGGUAUCAAAUACCAGGAAAUCAAUGGAAAGCUUGUACACGAGGGGAUGACGGAUGACUCGCCUGACGGAUCUGUGCCUCCUCUAAGUCGGGAGGAGUUGCUGUUCCUGAAGGCAGUAUCGCUGUGCCACACAGUGCAGAUCAGCUACGAACAGCCAGGUGACGGCCCGGGGAACCCCUUCCCCAACGCUAAUGGCUUCUCCUCCCAGAUGGAGUACUAUGCCUCCUCGCCAGAUGAGAAAGCACUGGUGGAAGCCACUAAAAGGAUGGGGGUAACCUUUAUUGGUAGCCAUGGAGAAGUUAUGGAAAUAAAAACAUUUGGAAAGUCAGAAAAGUAUAAACUACUCCAUGUACUAGAGUUUGAUGCAACCCGAAGGAGAAUGAGUGUCAUAUUACAGACACCCUCAGGGGGGAAAGUACUAUUUACAAAGGGAGCUGAGUCCGCCGUUCUUCCCUUUACUAAAAGUGGAGAAAUUGACAAAACAAGAGUACAUGUAGAUGAAUUUGCCUUGAAGGGCUUGCGGACGUUGGUGGUGGCCUGCAGACACUUCAAUGUGGAGGAGUAUGAGGAGGUGGACCGGCAGCUUCACGAGGCCCGCGCGGCCCUGCAGCAGAGAGAGGAGAGGCUGGCCGAGGUCUUCAGCUUCAUAGAAAAGGACCUGGAGCUGUUGGGAGCGACCGGGGUGGAAGACAAGCUGCAGGAAAAGGUCCAGGAGACCAUCGAGUCGCUUCGUCUGGCUGGGAUCAAAGUGUGGGUGCUGACCGGGGACAAGCACGAGACGGCGGUCAGUGUCAGCCUGUCCUGCGGCCACUUUCACCGCACCAUGAACAUCCUGGAGCUGGUGCAGCAGAAGUCUGACAACGAGUGUGCCGAGCAGCUCAGACAACUGGCCAGGAGGAUCAGAGAGGACCAUGUGAUCCAGCAUGGCCUGGUGGUGGACGGGGCCAGCCUGUCUCUAGCACUGCGGGGGCACGAGAAGCUCUUCAUGGAGGUGUGCAAGAACUGCUCUGCCGUGCUGUGCUGCCGCAUGGCGCCCCUGCAGAAGGCCAAGGUGGUGAGAUUGCUGAAAACGUCUCCAGAGAAACCCAUCACUUUAGCCAUUGGGGAUGGAGCCAAUGAUGUCAGCAUGAUUCAAGAGGCCCAUGUUGGCAUAGGUAUCAUGGGCAAGGAGGGAAGACAAGCAGUACGAAACAGUGACUAUGCAAUAGCAAGGUUUAGAUUCCUUUCCAAGUUACUGCUCGUCCAUGGCCACUUCUACUACAUUAGAGUUGCAACCCUUGUACAGUACUUUUUCUACAAGAAUGUGUGCUUUAUUACGCCCCAGUUUUUAUACCAGUUCUUCUGUCUGUUUUCACAACAAACUCUGUAUGACAGUGUUUACCUGACACUCUACAACAUCUGUUUCACCUCCCUGCCCAUACUGGUGUACAGCCUGUUUGAGCAACAGGUCCAUCCACACAUGCUGCAGAGUAAGCCAGUGCUCUACAGAGACAUCAGCAAGAACUCCCUCCUCUCCUUCAAGACUUUUUUGUACUGGACACUGCUGGGCUUCUGCCACGCCUUUGUCUUCUUCUUUGGUUCCUACAUCCUGAUGGGGGAGGACACAUCUCUCAUGGGGAAUGGACAGAUGUUUGGAAACUGGACCUUUGGCACUUUGGUAUUCACAGUAAUGGUUAUCACUGUUACAUUGAAGCUGGCCUUGGAGACCCACUUCUGGACGUGGAUGAAUCACUUUGUUACCUGGGGCUCCAUCGCUUUCUACUUCAUCUUCUCCCUGUUUUAUGGGGGAAUCAUCUGGCCUUUCCUCCACACCCAGGACAUGUACUUUGUCUUUGUCCAGCUGCUCUCCAGCGGCUCUGCCUGGUUCGCCAUCAUCAUCAUCCUCAUCGCCUGCCUUUUCCCCGACAUCAUCAAGAAGGUGAUCUAUAGGCACCUCCAGCCAACCAGCACCCAGAAGUCUCAGAUGGAAGAGGAUAAGAGUUCAGUCAGCUCAGAAUAUGACUCUGCUGAAGGCAGGAGCCGAGGGGAGGACAAUUGGCAACUGCUAGCUGCUUCUCCUCCCCCCGCCCAAGGCCCAGCCCUAUGGUCCCCUAGUUUGAGACUAACUACCAGGGCAUCGGCUGCGUGGACUCCAUGUGUUGCUACUCAGAGGGGGAGAACGGGUGCGCCCGGCUGGGCCGGAUGGUGGCGCAAGUGAUGGGCCGCUACAACCCUGCCUACGCCAACAGAUCAUGGAGCGACUCGGACCCCUUCUAUUCCAACGAUCGGAGCAUCUUGACACUCGCACCCAUGGAGGCCGCUCAUUGCUAAGGUAGCAGAGAGCAGUAGUGCCACCUUGCCACACGGAGAGGAACUACUCACCACACAGCCCAGGGCUGACCAGCAAUGACAUGAGGCUUUGCAAGAGAUGCUACAUGGGCCUCUGUUCUCUCCCUGUAAAUAAUAAAAGGGAAUAAGAUGGUACCAAAGAUGAAAUAAUUUGUCAGACUUGAGUGAAAAAGAACAUGGUCUACUUCUUUACGCCUGUAGGUUAGUGUUGCUGCUGCUUCACCUGACUGUGGAAGGUCUGCCAUCUUUCCUGAGGAAAUUAGGUGGGCCUCGUUAUAGCCAUAUCCUCCAUUUUACGACCUGAUUUUUCAAGGUAUGAAAAUGCGAAAGCAGUUGGAUGAUCAGGUCUCGAAACUGUCCCUAAAAUAUGCCUUUUCUGCACAGAUUGUUAGUAGUACGUUUGUUCAGAAAUGUCAAGAGAAUGUCCAUAUAAUAGCUCCGAGAUAUUAAAUAGCGGUCAACGUAUAAUAUGGCUUGCACAUAUUACAGUUCUUGUUUUCCUUUCAUUGCUAAUUACCAUUGAAAUCAUGUUUUUGUUUUGUGUGUGUCUUUCCCCCCUAUGCUAUUAACCACUUCAUGUUUGUUUGCGUAUUUAUUUCCAUCACCUGACUGAACUCAACUGCAUCCUAUCUUUUGGGGCCUUUGGCCCACAAUAACGGAAAUGCCAGAGUCGAGAGGGUCAUUGAGACAACCGUUUUAAACUUGCUAUCUAUGACCGUGACUUAUGCACACCAUCUGCACACAGAUUUAUUCGAAUAUGGCCAAGUUCAUAUAAAAUUGUGGGAAUUAUUUGGUUGCUAUUUGUAGCGGUUACCUCAUCAGCUUGAAGUGGGAGACGCUGAAAUGUCCAAGUAGUCAGUGGAGCUUUUUUUCUUUGCACGUUACGAAUAUUUGUAAGCACAUCUGGCACGAUUUAUCAUGGUCAGCAUUGGUCACUCUGGCGAAGUAUACUUAUUGUACUAGUAUGCUAGAGUUGUCAUUUGUCAGUUUUAUAUAUGCAGCUAUUAGUUCAGAUUGUGAAAUUUGGCCUCAAGCCAGUAUUCACCAAGAGCUUCUAAUCAUGCCACUCAAAUAGGUCAGUCAACAAGAGGUGUUUGAAUAUUGAAAUCUAUUUUGGAAGUCUCCAUUUUCAUUGGCAAUAAGGAUGCAUCUGCACUAGGAACAAUGAAGUCAGGUGUUCAUGUUCCUAGCUCUUGAUCAUGUUAAUUUAAAGAGUUUUGUUACUCACCUGUCAGUGAAACGGUUUCAUUGCUGAUGUUUACGGAAUAAAUGUUUUUAAAAAGCA